GCUUUUGAGGAGACUGGGCGCUACCGGCAGUUUUCCGCUAAGAAUGACAGGAAACAUGGCGCUUGUUGCUCUGUAAUAUUGAAGCUGAUGUCAAUAUAUUCAAAAUACUCGGUUAAUUUGCGUGUCUUGGAGCUUUACAUUCGAUUUAAAGACAGUUGAAAUAUCAUUUUUGUGCAAGAAAGUUGAUCGGUAAUUAUCGAUCGAAGCAAAGUUACAGUUUGUAGGAUUACAUCGGCCCACAGCACACUUGUCAGUGAUCAGAGUGAUUUCGACUUCUUAUUUACGCUUAGGCCAUUGUUACCUGUUUUCAGAAUUGGUGCUCAUUCAUUCUUAGACGUUUCUGGAAAACCAUCAAUUUUGCUAUGUUUCAAGAUCCUGUAAUGAUUGUUGAAUUCAUGAAGGAAAUACCUGGGGCCGUUCGUUAGUGGUAUUGAAUGAUAUCGUAUGUUGAAGAGAAUCAUGUUUAGAAUCUCUGACUGCAAUAGUAUCGCAUGAAAAUAGAAUAGAAUUGUUUGCUGAAAUAAUUUGCCAUGUGACCAAUCCAGUGACUCUUGAUGUAAAUUAUAAAGUUAAAUUUAUUAGAUUGGUAACCUACUUCAGAUCACCAUGUCGUGUCAAGACACUAACGUUGUACACGGAAAAGUACUAGUGAAAAAAGAAAGGCAAAAUCCUUCUGGAAUUGUUUCAGUGCCUCUUAACGGAAAUGGCUCUUUGCCUGGAAAUGCUUUUCUAGCAAGACCUGGAAUAGGCAAUUCAAGAAAGGCAGGAAAGCUUGGAGGAGGAACUGAUAGAGCACUAUCUGCUGGUACCUUCGCUCGUAAUCAACAAUUGGAAAAUGUUAUGAACCAGUCAGUGGAGGUGCCUAAAGGCUGGAAUAGAGUAAUUGAAAAAGGAGACAUUGUCUAUAUAAGCCCAAACAGAAGUCGACUAAAGUCGGUUGCUGACGUCAUAGCCUAUCUCAUCGCUCCUGCCACUUGCAAGUGUGGAUUAGUUUGCCCUUUCAAACUAGAGGAAAUGUUCAACUUCAAUCCGAAUGUGAUCAGCAGACCGCUAUUACAAAAACCAGCACAGUCUAUGGGUGCUUGCGACAGCUGCAAAGUUAACGAAGGUUUCGAGGCGAUCCUUCCGCAGUUUAGUCCGGAAAAGAUCAUGAGAAUGCUGCGCAAAGGGUCAAAGAAGAAGAAGAAAAAGUCCAAGAAUUCAGAGAAGGAAGGAAAGAAGAAGAACCGCCACAAUAAGACAGGGCAAGGCAACGACCAAUUUGCAGCACAAAGUAUCCAGACAUGGGUAAACUCUGGAAUACCUGGAACUAGUACUGCCAGCAAACAAGCAUCAGUCUCCGGACCAAUUCCUAGUCUUACUGGCACUGUGAAAAUGGUAGCUGGCAUUGACAACAAGACGCGUUAUUAUCCAGACCAUAGUGACUACAUUGGUUCGAUAGAACCAAACGAUACCGCAGUGAUAAGCGAAAAUAAAGCACAAAUCCUUUUAUCAAAUACAGUUCACCAGAACCGGAAACAAAAGCGAUCGUCGCCCGCAAUCGUCAGACCCGCACUUUCGAGCCCGGCAAUUACAGAUGAUAAGUCGAUGUCUUCCAAAACUUCUGGCAAGAAGUCCAGUUCAAAGCAAAAGCGGAUCCCCAAAACCAAAGAGGAUUUAAAUAUUGCAUCGAUGAUGGGUCGGGUUAAGCAGCAAGUUGGAGAAAUUGAUAAAAUUCGCACAUCUCAAAUGUUUACAUCUGCAACCCAGGGGCUACCGAAGCAAACUGCUGCUUCAACAUUUAAUGAAACAGUGAAGAGUAGUACAGUUGAACUUUCUGAAAUGAAACCAGGACAGCAGAACAUUACUAAUAAUCUACCGACUUCUUCUGGUGUGCUAAAUUUAAUUAGAGCCCAGGCUCCUCCCAAUAUUACACUUCCCGCAUCUCAUUCGAACAUGUUGCCACCGGGUUUGGCUCAAGGUAUGAGGGCAACAAUAAGCUCUACAGAACCCGGCAAGAUCCAACACCCGUCUUCCAUAAAAAAUGUCCAUGCAGCUUUGACAGAGGCACAACAACAUAACUGGACUCAAGACCCGCGUUUAUUCGCCGGUAAAGCGACAAGCAACGUCUACUGGGGGUCCAAGGAACAUUCUUCAUUGAAUGAUAUGUUGUCUUCAUCUGUCGAAUCCAGCCUCCCUCAACGUACGGAAACACAGAAAAAUGACACAGGUGGGAAUGGGGGUUUACUGCAUAGUUUGAAAGAGGUAGCGAAUACUCUAGCAAAUGACCCUAAUCGUGUCAGGGUUGCAGUCGAGAAUAUUCCCAGUAGUGAGCUUUUAACAGAACAAGCAGAAAAAGAGAAAAUGCUUUUAGCAGCUCUUAACAGCCUUAAAGAUCAAAGGGUAAUCAGAGGGAAUAGUGAAUACUUAGGUGAUAGACCAGAGACUAUUCUUAGCAAGUCGAAAGCACCCAGUCUUUCAAACAAAAGCAGUCAACAAGCCAAGGAACAGGCUUUAUCUUCCGAUGUCAUUCGCCAGUACCCUUCACAACUGAAGGCUCAAGAUGUCGGCAGUGCACAUGUAAAUCUUCAAACAUUGACUAAUGCGAAUUCUCCAGUGACAAGUCAGCUCAUGAAGCAAAGUUUAUCUGCUUUAAAAGAUAGCGCUGCCAGUAAUGAAACCCAGGUAAAUAAUAAAGAUUCCAAGCUUGCUGCGUCUCUGAGUGAAAGCCAUUCAUCCACAGCCAGUUCAUCAGAGAAUCUCACAAAAUCAUCACCAAUGGUCGUAUUUCAGGUCGUUUCGCAAUCCAGUUCUUCUAAGUCGGCAACUGCAACUGGCAUGAUCAGCACAGCGUCGCUUUCUACAAGUGUAAGUACAACUCCUGCGCAGCAGGUCAACUAUCAAGGCUUCUAUGGUAUUCCUAAUACAGCCAGUGUACCCAGGCAACCAUCAGCUGCUUACCAGAAUAGUGUUGCUGCGAACAACCCAGCCCAGUUUUUAAUCAUGGGCUCUCAGGCAUCACAGGCUCUACAGCAUCUAGCAUUGCAACAAAGCAAUGCGUUGCAGGUAUCCUUACAGCGUGCUGAAAGUCCACAUCCCAUGUAUUUGCAAACUCUCUCUGGCUACGCACCAAAUGCCCUUAAAACAUCACACCCUAAUAUUGGUUUCGCAUAUGCCAGUGUACCAAUUCAAUUCAUGACAAUAGGUGGGACGCAGGUUGUUGGGAAACAACCUCAAGCAACGGCUGCUAAUGUUGAAAGAUAUCAGAAUCUGUACCAGUAUUACCAAGGAGUGAGGCCAGCAGAGGCUGCUAAAACUGAUUCUAAUAAGCACGUCACUAGCCAGACCACAACAUUGAUGUAUCCGGGUGUGAAUCCCUAUGGACAAACCCCAAAUAACUAUGUUAGAAUUGCCCCUGCUCAUGUUGCUAAUCGUAUACCACUACCACCUACCCCCGAUGUAAAACCUUUAGCUGGUCUCGAAGCCCUAAAAGGCGAACAACAGCUAUCUGAAAUGCUAUCAGUCUCGCAAGCAAUCGCAAAGCAAGGCAUUUUUCCUGGUAGUGCUGUCGCUACCAGUUUACCAGUAAAGGUAGAAAGGACACAAAAAUCGUCGGCUCUGUCACCAUUGUCAGAGAAAAAGGAUCUAUUAUCGAUUGAUGUCAAGACUGAAAUAAAUCUACAACCAGAAGUAAUCGAGAAACCUCAUAUAGCUUCACAGGUGUCAGAAGAACAAAAGCCUUUAGUUACUGACCUGUCCCCAGGACUUUCUGAUGUCGGAUCUGUCAGGGCUACGGCAUCCAGAGAUUCAAGUAUCGGUUCGUCAGGCAUGAGCAGUGCUCCUUCACAGCUAGUAUGUACUGGCGAGGAGAAUGGUCCAAAAUCGGUGCCUUUAGGUGUUGGUUUGGCGUCGGUCAGUAAUAGCUCAACAAACAGUAACUCGUAUAUAGCAAGGCAGGGGACUUCAGCAGUCAUAACAGAGUCAUUGGUUGUCAGUAACGAGAGACAGGAUAUCACUCAAGAUUGUGCAAAGGUCGUAGUGAAACAUGAAGAACCAGACGAAAUCAGUUUGCAAUGCAAUGAAAACUGCAAUACGAGAAGUGGAGAUAGUCGGACGCCGACCCCUGAAUUGAAAAACAAAGUAGAGUUUAGUAAUGGUGCAAAUUUACGAAUGGAAGCUUGUAUUCCAGCACAAGAUAUAAGUGGAAAUCUUAAAAUUGGGGAUCUUAUUUGGGGCCAUCAAAAAGGUUACAGUGCCUGGCCUGGCAAAAUUGUCAGUGAAUUAGAGGUGAAAGAAAUUUGCGCAGAGCCUGGUAAGGUUUGGGUGAAGUGGUACGGUGAGCACACCCACAGCCAAAUGGAAUCAGCAUCGCUUAAAAGCUUACAGGAAGGCUUAAUGGAAUAUAGAAACAGCUGUCGUCGAAGAAAAAACAGAAGUGCUAAGAAGACAGCUGAGAGUUUAGAGCUUGCUAUCACUGAAGCUCUUCGAGAAGCAAAUUUUUCUCCUACGACUGUUAAAAUUCUGCAGUUUGACUCAGAAGAGGGUGUAUCUGAGGCAAAGAAACCAAAAAGAUGACAGAAUAAAGAGAUUUGGUACAAUUUCGAAAAUUUAUUGAAUUGCACAUGGAAAGACAGCAGCUAAAGCUUCUUAUGGGUUGUCAUUGUAAAUAGUAAAUCUUAAAAUGAGCAAGUGAAUUUUUCUGUCAGAAGAAUUUGACUUAAUUUUGACUUCUCAGACUUAUCCAAACCUAUUUACACAAAUUCACGUAUAUUAUUCAAAUUGGUAAGAUAUAGAAAACUAUUUGUCUGAAGGCGUGGCAAUGCAUUUGGAUAUCAAGUGGUAUUUUCCUUUCCAAAGAAUAACAGGUAUUCUGAAUUGAUUGAGUUGCCUCUCAUAAUGAAUAUCAGUUUUAUGAAUAUCGAACACUAAUUUCAUUGAACACUAAUUCCUUAAUGUUAAGGAAAAUGGCUGACAUUUUCUUCCUCAGUUCUCCUUCAGAGCUCAGAGCUAAAUUCUAAUCUACCAUUGAUCACAGUUCGCAGCUCGUGGAGUGCCUUUGAUGUUUUUCAUGCAUAUGUAAUAGACCAUCUCUGAGUUCGCAGUGCCAUGAUGGAAUUCUAUUGUUCUCUAGCAAGUCGAAAAAUUCAUGGUGGAUAGAGGCCGUUCUUUUACUUUUUGACCGUGAAACCUCUUUAGAAUAGAAAAAAUACUUUUGGAAUGAAAAUCUGAAUUUCGUGUAUUAACAAUUAACGUUGUUUGAGCUACAGAGGAAUUUACAAAUCUCGAUGAAUUAGGCCUUAAUUGUAUUUAUUGUGGUUUUUGCCCCACUUGCGUCAUGGCGUCGAAAUCUCCGAGAUGGUCUAUUCACUUCCACUCGUAUAUUUCCCGCAGCCAAUCAGUUCAGAUAUUUUAUUUAUUUUGUUUAAUGCGUAAGUGUGUAGUUUGCUUUUCGCCCUAUCCCAUUGUCAAAUGAGCUUCUCGAUAUAUUAUCACGAAGUUGAAUGCAUGCAUCAUUCUAUGAAGUGAACAUUUUCAUCAAAUUGUAUUCUUCAUAUUUUUAGCUAUUAUUAAAAAAGUGUCGAUGUUAAAUUAUAAGAUUAAAUAUUUUAUCUGUGUCAAAGGUGACUUGAGUUUGCAGUAAAAUAGCUUAUCCGUAUUUCCAUUCUUUAUUACUUCUGCCGUCUGCCAUCUUCUCUUGAUGUUAUCUCGCCUUUCUAAUUUCGAGCACCGUAAACGUUUUAUGCAACUAUACACAAAGAUUGCAUUUCUACCAGCCAGAAGAAUUCCAUUAUUUAUUUGUCCGUGUGAUCCUGGCUACGUUGGGCGCAAAACCUAACGAAUUGGGGAUGAAAUAAAAAUAUCUCCCUUCCAACAUAAGAAACAAAGCUCUCCCCUCUUUUCCUUUGAGAAAGCCUUCUUCUAGGUCUAAAAAUAACGUAAACAAUUUCUGAUUCGGCCAUGCCAAAACACUUAACAGAAAUCCCAGAUUAUUCCAAAAGCUUAGAAGGAGACAUGUUUCAAAUAAUUGAGGAAGACCGGUCUUCCUUCGUCUAGUAGUCGAAUUCAGCGACUAGAAAUUGAAGAAACCGUUUAUUUUAGCUUUGAAAGAGUUUGUUAUCACCGUUGGACUCCGUUGUUCCUAAUACCCAUAGGCUAGUAACUAUGAUUGGGCAACCUUAACAGUAGUGCUCUCUUUUCUGAUUGACCUUUUUCGAUCUACAGCUGGAUUUACUCGUAUAUUUAUAUUUCGCAGUUUAUAAUUUUUUAUCAUUAUUUUGGUGCUUUAUGCUCUGAAAAGUGUCAAGGUAAGAAAUCUUCCGUAUCAUCUUCAAUGUUUGCUUUUUUCGUUAUUUGAUGUUUUAUAUCUUUAGGUUCAAGGCUCCCCCUGAUUACAAAGCCACACAAAACUGUAUUUUUCGAAAAGAACUCUAGAAUCGUCCAAAUUCGUCCAUUUUGCAGGGCUAUAGGCUUGUUUUUUUCCAAAAGAACUGAAUGAGAAUUUUCUCCAUUUUGAGCAAACAAUCAAGCUCAACGAGAAAUUAGCUACGUUUAAACAUUAUUUAUGGUGCUUUUACAUUGAAAAAAGCUUAAUGUUAGGGAAACAUUUUGUUGUCGAAAAUUGACCUAUUUUGCAAGGCUAUAAGCUUAUGUUUUUUCCAAAAAAAUUAACUAGAAUUUUCUUCAUUUUAAGCAAACAAUCAAGCUCAACGAGAAAUUAGCUACGUUUAUACAUUAUUUAUGGUGUUUUUACAUUGAAAAAAGCUUAAUUCUAGGGAAAAAUUUUGUUGUCGAAAAUUGACCAAUUUUGCAAGGCUAUAGGCUUAUGUUUUUUCCAAAAAAAGUAACUAGAAUUUUCUCCAUUUUAAGCAAACAAUCAAGCUCAACGAGAAAUUAGCUACGUUUAUACAUUAUUUAUGGUGCUUUUACAUUGAAAAAAGCUGAAUGUUAGGGACAAAUUUUGUUGUCGAAAAUUGACCGAUUUUGCAAGGCUAUAGGCUUAUGUUUUUUCCAAAAAAACUGAACUAGAAUUUUCUCCAAUUUAAGCAAACAAUCAAGCUCAACGAGAAAAUUGCUACGUUUAAACAUUAUUUAUGGUGCUUUUACAUUGAAAAAAGCUGAAUGUUAGGGAAAAAUUUUGUUGUCGAAAAUUGACCUAUUUUGCAAGGCUAUAAGCUUAUGUUUUUUCCAAAAUACUGAACUAGAAUUUUCUUCAUUUUAAGCAAACAAUCAAGCUCAACGAGAAAUUAGCUACGUUUAAACAUUAUUUAUGGUGCUUUUACAUUGAAAAAAGCUGAUUGUUAGGGAAACAUUUUGUUGUCGAAAAUUGACCUAUUUUGCAAGGCUAUAGCCUUAUGUUUUUUCCAAAAAAAUUAACUAGAAUUUUCUUCAUUUUAAGCAAACAAUCAAGCUCAACGAGAAAUUAGCUACGUUUA